AUGGCUGAUCCACAAGAGCCGUCGGGUCAGGGCCAUUUUCCUCCACCCUAUUCGCUCUGUGCGGACAACGACUUGACCCUAGAUUCAAGUAUUGUUGAGGCUGACGGUUGCGUGAAUAUCAACCUUGAAUCCAAAAUCGCCCAAACUCUCGCUCAAAUCAUUGAGUCCCAACAAGAGGAUUUACAAAAUCCACCUAACGAUUACGAUGAGACGGAGAAAAGUGAGGAUGAUGACGUUGAAUGUCCCUUCAGACUCAACAUCGUAGUCCAGAUAGUGGGCAGUCGCGGGGAUGUGCAACUUUUCAUCGCGCUAGGCGUAGCAUUGAAGCGAUAUGGUCACAGGGUUCGCAUCGCGACUCAUGAUACCUUUGCGGAUUUUGGUGAUCUGGCGGAGCUGAUGGCAUAUAUGGUGAAGAACCCAGGCCUAAUCCCUCAAAUGCAGACACUACGUGACGGCGAGGUGAAGAAGAAGAAGAAGAAGCAAGUCAUGAUUGCAAAAAUGCUCGAUGGCUGUUGGAAGUCAUGUAUAGAAGAUGAUCCGCCUAGCGGAAACCUUGAAAGUGCCUUUCACAUAUUGCUGGUCGCCAGCUCUAAUCCCAAAACCACAGGAAUGGUCAUUCCACAUCGGUACGUUCUGGAGAAAAUCCAAAGGAGUAUCAGCCUGGAUGAUUGGAAAAGUGGUGCAAUAUUCGGCUGUAGAAACUUUGUGGAUGGGAUGAGCGAAGGUCUAUCAGGGUUAAUUAUGAAGCCUAUCAAGGGCGUGAAGGAGGAGGGAGCUUUGGGGGCCAUUAAGGGUUUCGCCAAAGGAACCAUCGGACUUGCAACAAAAGUGCCUUCAGGUAAGAAGUGCUGUGUGCUGUAUGCUAUUUAA